UUCAUUAAAAUCCAUUUUUAAACUCUCUGUGCUUCCUCUCCUCUUCCCAAGUUCCAAUUUGAAGUUAAUCUUCCUGAUUCUUUAACAUCCUUCGAUAAUUCUCUGUUCUUCGUUUCUUUGUGAAGUUGCAAUUUUAAAAUUAAACCUUUUUUGAGAAAUGGGAGAGCAAAUUGUUAGAGUCGGUCUCGAAUCCAUGGGCUACAUUUUGAAGAAUAAAUUACAGAUGAAGUGUUUGAUCAACCCACUGGAAGAAGAGCGCCGCAAAAUCCAAGCGUUCGGAGGAGAGCUUCCUCUAUGCAUGAUUCUCCUCAAUGAUGUGAUUGAUCAACUAAAACAAGAAUGUGAAGAAAAAGUUGAGCAUGAAGACAUGGAAUGGGAGCACAGUGUGGUCGAGAUGGAUUGGAUAGAGUACGAUCAAAAUUGGAACACUAAUUAUAAUGAGCAUAAUAGCAAUAUCAUAAACGAUUUUGACGAGAUGGAGAAUGACAAUGAUGCGUGUGUAGAAUCUCAAAGCAGUAAUGAAUAG